GAAGCUUCCUGUAGGCACAGAGAUCUGGGAGGGUCUAGAUUGUUAGCUGCUUUUUAUUAUUGUUGGAGUGGAUUGAAGUGCAUCAGCCAUGGACUGGGUGCAGGUGUUUGUCUUUUGCACGUUGCUGGUUUCUUCUGAUGGCUUUAUCAGAAUUCCACUGACAAAGUUCCAGUCCAUCCGAAGGGCAAUCACUGAAGCUGCGGAUUCCAUCGAUAGCCUCGUUGCUGCCAGUCACCCCAGCUUUGACAAGUACAUGGGAUCACCAAGAAAAGGGGCUGAGACUCCUGAAAUACUCACCAACUACUUGGAUGCCCAGUACUACGGCAAGAUCGGCAUCGGUACCCCACCACAGCUGUUCACUGUGGUCUUUGACACCGGGUCAUCCAACCUCUGGGUUCCGUCAGUUCACUGCUCCUUUCUCGACAUUGCCUGCUGGCUUCACCACAAGUACAAAUCGAGCGCGUCGAGUACAUAUGUGAAGAAUGGGACAAAGUUUGCUAUUCACUAUGGCUCUGGGAGCCUUUCAGGAUUCCUCAGCCAAGAUUCUCUCACAAUCGGCGACUUGGUGACUACAAAGCAAGUUUUUGGGGAGGCAGUGAAACAGCCUGGACUUGUCUUCAUUGCGGCAAAAUUCGAUGGGAUCCUCGGCAUGGCUUACCCCACAAUCUCUGUUGAUGGUGUCCUGCCUGUCUUUGACAACAUGAUGAAGCAAAAACAGCUGGAGAAAAAUAUCUUCUCUUUCUAUCUGAACCGGAAUGUGAGCACUCAGCCUGGUGGGGAGCUGCUGCUGGGAGGUGUGGAUUCUAAAUAUUUCACUGGAGACUUUCAUUAUCUCAAUGUCACUCGCCAGGCCUAUUGGCAGAUCAAAGCCGACCAGGUGACCGUAGGAAAUCAGCUGACCCUGUGUAAGGAUGGUUGCCAGGCGAUAGUGGAUACAGGAACGUCACUUAUUGUUGGACCAGUGGAGGAGAUUCGAGCUCUUCAGAAAGUUAUUGGCGCACUGCCCUUGAUUCAAGGAGAGUACAUGAUCAACUGUGACAAGAUUCCCAGUCUACCUGUCAUCGCCUUCAAGCUGGGUGGUAAACAAUUCACCUUGACAGGGGAGCAGUAUGUAAUGAAGAUCAGCAAGUUUGGUCAAACCCUGUGCCUCAGUGGAUUCAUGGGCAUGGACAUCCCUCCUCCUGCUGGACCACUCUGGAUUUUGGGCGAUAUUUUCAUUGGCCGCUAUUAUACCGUCUUCGACCGUACCAGUAACCGAGUGGGCUUUGCUGAAGCUGUGUAGCACAUACCCUGAAACACAAGGGAUGCUUUUCCCUUUGUUUUUUUUUGUUUUUUCAAAUUUGCGUGGGCCUGUUUUUUAGUAAACUGUCUAAAGGAAAAUGAUGUAGCUGACUCCUUACUGACACCUCUCCUGAUUUAACCAUGACCUGGCUACCAUUCUGUAACCCGUGCCUUGCUGAAUGAACACAACCUUGGCAUGUUUGUGUGGUUGUCCUCUCUCUCUCAGUAAAGCUGAAGUUUUUAAGCUGGUUUGCCAGUGACAUGAUUUUUCUGCCCAAAACUACUUUAAUGAAAACUCAUGGGGGUUUAGCACCCCUUGCAUUCUGAUUUCUGCGCCCCCCCCCCCCCCCCCCCCC